AUGUUAAGUUCUCCAGGUUAUCUUCCAUCGUUAUUCGAAGCAGCAUUGAAAACUCGUGAAGAACAGUUGGGAAGAAAGAUCAAACCGGAGAAGCAGGAAAAAGAUCCCCUUCUAAUAUCCUUCAGAAGUGCUUCGCUUACUCGAAGUGGAUCGAUACCGGAUCAUUUUUUCGGCAAGAUUUUAGGCAGUGCAGGAGUAGUACUUGCUGUUGUCGAAGAGAAGAGGACUUAUCCGGGUGGUCUAAAAGAUUUGGUUAGUAUCCUUGCCAAAUGGAAAAAGAUCAAUGUUUUCAUGAGCGGUGAUAAACCUCCUAAUGAAGAACAUGCUAUAAGUAAGGGAGUCUGGGUUGGUAGCCCACAAGCUGGUUCAUGGUGGGGGAAGAUCUUCUGGCAGCUGUAUGCUGAAUGUAAUUCAAUGGACUGCCGCCAUUGGGUCCUAACCGAUCGAUACUACUCUGUAUUUGGAAGUUGUCACACCCCUCGCUUACCAACUUCAUAG